AUGAAGUUCGGACUCAUUUCGUGUGCCCUCUUGAUGGCGUACACCAUCGGCGGUAUCCUCCAGUAUCGCAAUGUGGACUUGUCGCAGAUGGAGCUAGGCAGAACCUUGUUGGGCAACAACCCGACUCACCACCCCAUCCUCGUGCCAAUGAUCGUGAUCCACGACGUGGUGUCCGUGGUAAUGACUCUGUUAUUGGUACACCAAUUCGUGAGAUCACCAUUCAAACACGGGGAGGCCCACAAAAGAGUUGGCAUCGUGUGCUUUGCCGACAUUUUCCCAUUGGAGGUGCUGUCGGGAUUCAUAGCGAUGUUCUGCAGGAUUUGGACGCAGCCCUCGUCGAAAGGCCAUCAGGACAUCAACAUGGAGGAGUACGUGAUUCUGAUGCCUUGGUUCGGGCUGUUCAACAUCUUCGCGGUGCUCAACGGCAUGCUCUGCAUCAAGCCCUCGUGGCGAAAGUAUACAUCGCUGAUGAUCGUGGUGCACGUCCUUGGAUUGCUGUAUGGCUUUGGUGUGAUGGCUCGCCAUUUGGUUGGCAACAUCAUGUCGUUGGAGCCCUACAGUGCGCGUUGGGAGCAGAGCAUCGAGUACUUGAUUCGGCCAUUUUGGGCGAUCACCUUCGAUGCCACCAACUUGUUGCUGUUCACUGGCCGCUUGUGCGCCGGAGGCACGUGGAAGCAGAUGGAUUAUGUGCGUGCUCACCAGAUCAAUAUGCUGUUGCUGACUGCAGUCGCCGUGGUUGGAACAUGGAUCACCGUCUUUACUCACAUCCGCUUCCUGUGGGACCUCACGCUGAUCACCAAGAUGUCGGUGCAGUUGGGCGGUUCUUUCGCCUUUCUGUACGCCGCCGGGUUCGUAGACGUGUGGACCACACAAAUGCGCAAAGCUUGCUGUGACAUUGCGAGCUGCCUUGUGCGUAAAGACAAGGUCUCUGAGACGUUCGCAGCCGAUGUGCGCAAGGACAAGGUCUCUGAGAUGUUCGCAGCCGAUGCCUUGAACAACGAUGAUGAAAGAAUGACAAAUAAUGAUUUGAGCCCUCGAACCAAGGAAUUCUAA